ACUUGCUCUGCGGUGAUGGGGGCCGCGGGGGCCCCUUUAACCGUGUGAGUUGUGGGGCCCCUGCAUCAUCAGGUUUAUUUCGUGGGUCGGUGUUCAUGCACAUGUGCAGGAAAGCAGCAUGUUCAUGUUGUUUGGUUUGUGUGUGAAGUGACGCUCCCUGCAGACUGAGCCGACAGGAGAGCGGCUCAUUGAUCUGCGAUGGGAACACGGGAAUCAGUGUGUGUGUGUGUGUGUGUGUGUGUGUGUGUGUGUGUGUGUGUUGACUGACAGGCUGACAGGCGGGGUGGGCAGGCAGGAGCCAUGUGGCUGCUGCUGCUGCCCUGCCAGCCUCCAUCCCGCAGCAUGCAGGUUCAUCUCCGCCCGGCAUCACGGCUCAUGAUCACCGGGACGCACCGGGAUGGAGACCCGCAGCUCCGCCGGGCCUGAGCACGUGUGCACGGUCUCCCGGAGCCCGGGGCCCGAGCAGGAGCCGGGACCACCAGCCUCCGCGUCCCCCGGAUCUCGCAUCACUCCCGCCGAUGUCUGGCCGUCGGGUCCCGGGGCCCCAGUCCUCUGUCUCUCCGCCGGUUCAGCAUCUGGACCCGGACCAGGACGGUGGUGGGGCGUUGGCUCUGUCAUCAUGAACGGCAGCAGCAACAUCUCCUCCGCCUCGCAGACCACAAGGAUCAAGAGCGAGCCAGAUGAGUGGAGUAAGGAGGACUGCCUGACGCUGCUGGAGAGGAUUCGCGGGCUGCUGCCGGACGGAGACGCCAUGAAGUACAAAACGACCGAGUCGCACUUCGACUGGGAGAAGGUUUGCUUCGGCAGCUUCACCGGAGACAUGUGCAAGCAGAAGUGGCAGAAGGUGUCCUCUGAGGUGCGGAAGUACAGAACCAUGACGGAGCUCAUCGUGGACGCCAUCGAGUUUGUCAAGAACCCGUACAAAGGCAAGAAGCUCAAGACUCACCCAGACUUCCCAAAGAAACCGCUGACGCCGUAUUUCCGCUUCUUCAUGGAGAAACGAGCAAAGUACGCCAAGAUCCACCCCGAGAUGAGCAACCUGGACCUCACCAAGAUCCUGUCCAAGAAGUACAAGGAGCUGCCAGAGAAGAAGAAGCAAAAGUACAUCACCGAGUUCCAGCGGGAGAAAGAGUCCUUUGAGAAGAACAUGGCUCGUUUCAAGGAGGAGCACCCCGAGCUCAUGGAGGAGAGGAAGAAGUCCGACCUGCCCGAGAAACCCAAGACCCCCCAGCAGCUGUGGUACAACCACGAGAAGAAGACCUACAUGAAGCUGCACCCGGAGGUGAGUCAGAAGGAGCUGAAGGAGGCUCUGAGGAGGCAGUGGUCGCAGCUGUCCGACAAGAGGAGGCUCAAAUGGAUCAGCAAGGCUCUGGAGCUGCAGAAAGACUACGAGGACAGCAUGCGAGCUUACCAUGAAGCUCAUCCAGACGUGAACUCAGACGAGCACGUCCGGUCCGUCCUCACCAAGGCAGAGAGGCAGCUCAAAGACAAGUUUGAUGGACGGCCGACCAAACCGCCACCGAACGGGUACUCCCUGUACUGCGCGGAGCUGAUGGUGAACAUGAAGGACGUUCCCAGCACGGAGCGGAUGGUCCUGUGCAGUAAGCAGUGGAAGAUGAUGACGCAGAAAGAGAAGGACAUGUUCCAGAAACGCUGCGAGCAGAAAAAGAAGCAAUACGACAUCGACCUGCAGCGGUUCCUCGAGAGCCUGCCGGAGGAGGAGCGGGACCGCGUUCUGACGGAGGAGAAACUGGGCGGGGCCAAGCUGGCGGUGGGUGUGGCCUCCAGUCCCCACAGAGCCAAGUCUCCUUCCUCCAAGGAGCGCUGCCGGGAGGCGGAGCCGGAGCCCUGGGCGCCCGCCGGCCUGCCCAAAGAGCGCCGCGACGCCAAGAAGAAGAACAAGCUGCCCGAAACGCCCAAGACCGCCGAGGAGAUGUGGCAGCAGAGCGUGAUCGGAGACUACCUGGCCAAAUACAGAAGCGACAGGAGGAAGGCCCAGGCGGCGAUGGAGGCGGCCUGGAAGUCGAUGGAGAAGAAGGAGAAGAUCCCGUGGAUCAAGAAGGCGGCAGAGGACCAGAAGCGUUACGAGGUUCAGUACCAGCCUGUGAGGGAGCUGUUGGAGAUGAGGGCGCCCCCUGCAGGCCAGAGGAAGCCCAAGUUUGACGGGGAGCCCAAGAAGCCUCCAGUGAGCGGCUACCAGAUGUUCUCCCAGGAGCUGCUGACCAACGGCGAGCUGAACCACUUCAGCCUGAAGGAGCGCAUGGUGGAGAUCGGCAAGCGCUGGCACAAGCUCACCCAGAGCCAGAAGGACAAGUACAAGAAGCUGGUGGAGGAGCAGCAGGUGGAGUACAAAGCCGAGCUGGAGGCCUGGGUCAAGUCCCUGUCUCCUCAGGACCGGGCCGUCUAUAAGGAGUUCUCCAGCACGAAGCGGCGCAGCAGCACCAAGGUGCGCAGCCCGGGGACCAAAGUCCGUCUGACGGCCAAGACCAAGGCAGCCGGAGCCAAAACCACCAGCCCAGGGGCCACAGUCAGCAAGAGGGCCAUGGCCUACCGCGCCAAGCAGGACACGUCAGAGUCCGAUGAGGAGGAGGAGAAGAGCGACUCGUCCGACUCGGAGGAAGACGACGAGACGUCGGCGAGCACCGACAGCGACGACGACGACGAGAACGACGAGGACGAGGACGAGGACGAGGACGAUGAAGACCAGAGCGGAGACAGCAGCUCCUCAGAGGAGAGCAGCGACUCGGACUCGGACUAGCCCCGCCCCCUCAGAGGACAGGCUGUGCAGGCCACGCCUCCUCACGCCAGUCUUUCAGGCGGACCAAUGGGAGGUGGCGACUUCAGACAGCUGUCACGCUGGCCCCUCCCACUCCUUCCUAAGGACAGAGAGAGAGACAGAGAGAGAGAGAGACAGAGAGAGAGACAGACAUAUAGACAGAGAGAGAGAGAGAGAGAGAGAGAGAGAGAGGGGUAGAGCGAGGUAGAGGCAGACUGGAGUUUUGUUACGUGUUCAGUCGUGUGUCCUGGCGUUCCGAGGCUUCCCGCUGCGUUCUGCACGUUCGUUUUUUAUCCGGGAGAAGAAGGAAGUUUCAGGCAAAAAGCGACUUGAGGGUUUUUUUUGAAUUUUCCGACGCAGUGGGGUUUGUACAGUUUGGCGCGGGGGCGGAGCCUAUUGGUCGUCCUGUCGCCGCGGGGGGAGGACCCGCCGCCCGCCCGCCAAUCAGCCGCCUGGCAAAUUAUUAACAAAUAAAUGCACUUUUUUUCUCA